GACACUUUUAUAAUACAGCAAUAAAUUAUAUUAAAUACCGUACCUGACAUUUUGUCUAUGGAACAAGUUCAAUAUUUAACUACUACACUUGACUCACUAGACGCACUUAUUGUGUUUUAUUCUGAAUAUCAGAUUGGUGACAAUUAAAAUAAAAAUUGAAUAACCAUUUAAAAAUAUUUCAAUUUUAAAAUUAUUAAAAGUAUAUACUUAAAAAUGGAUUCAUUUAUUUUGAAAAAUCCAUUAGCAACAGUACCACUUAUACCAGUCAUCAAUUAUAUGAACCUACUUAGUGAUUUUUUAUUCAUUGAACAAAAAUUGGAAUCACAUAAUCAAAAUAAACAAAUACCAAUUAUUAAUGCACUUUACGACUAUUUCGAAGAAAAUCACAAUAAUAAAACUAUGCAACUGAAAUUAAUUCGAUAUUUAUUACAAGGCAGCGAUUUAUACGGAGAAGAAGAUAAUGAAAAUUUUGAUAAAAUUUUCGUUAAUACAAUGUUUGAUUACAUCAUUAGUUCUCUUGUAUUUGACAAAUAUGGAAAUAUUCAUGGAUUUUUGGCUGAUACCGUUCGUAAGGUAGAAAAUUUACAAUUAGAUUAUGUUUUAAAGGUGAUUAAAGAAACACUUAAAAAAGCGACAUUCGACAAUGAAUAUGGACCUAAUUCGGUUCUAACUGAAUUAGCAGUGAAUAGAAUAUAUACAGAUAUAAUUUUACCAAUCUUUCCUAAACCAAAGACUAAUCUUAGUAUAUUGUCUCUUGAUUAUAUUUUUGCACAAGCUGGUUCAACUUAUCUUCGUCUUGGAAGUAUAAACGAUACCUAUUAUUCUGAUUUCGAGAACAAUAAUAAUAUUAAAUACUUUAAUGAAAACUUAUUUGACGAAUAUUUAAUAACGGGACACAUAAUAAGGAACUUACUUCACUAUAAGAAAAUAGAUAUUUUAGUUUUAAGAGUUUUUGCUCUACCAGCUCUUUUAUAUUAUAGCACUACUGAAGAUAAAGUAAAAAAUAAAAUCAUAACAAAUGUAAUUUUCAAUCCUUAUCACUGGGAGACGGCUUAUUAUAAAUUUUUCCAAUAUUUAGACAAUGUUUACAAUAAAAUAGAAAUUCAAUUAGAGAAAGACUAUAAAUAUCAAAUGCACAUACGAUUUUCAAAUUUUCAAAAUCGAGCUGCAAUUGCAAAAUUUUUUAUUGACUUAAAAUGCACUUUUUUGAGUGAGAAACAAAGAGAAAUAGAAUUUAUUUCGUACGUCCAUUUUGUUGAAAAUUUUAAAUGUCAUCCUGGAAUUGUUUUACCCAAUAUAAAUGAUUCGUAUAGUGAUCAAGUUCAUACUUUAGGCGAAAUUUAUGGGAAUUAUGAUUUAGAAAUAACAAAGCAAUGUUUCAAUAGAUCAUCAUUAAUAGAUAAUCUUCAUAAUGUAACAAUAAAAUUGGUAGUUACCGAUACUAAACUGGUAAAUAAUGAUUUUAAUAAUUUGCAAUAUUUAUCCUAUGACUUGCUUCAAUUUUACUACACUAACAAUAAAACUUCAGAAUACUAUGCUUUAAUUCGAAAGGACUAUACUGUUACGCUUAUUAAAGAGGCAGAUGAUCCAAAAAUAUUUCAGCAACUAAUUGGACCAUCUUUAGAGGAUAUAAUACGAUCUGGAAAGAGAAUUAUUAUAAAGUUUGCUGAUGAAGGAACAAAUGAAUUUUAUGAAGAAUUAAUGAAAUACAAGAAAGAACGAUUCAAGACAUAUUUGACUCUUUUUAACUACAGUUUAAAAAAUAAUAAAUGGUGGAAGGAAUUUGGAUUGUCUUUGGUGCCAUUUUAUCCUUGUUUAUCAAAAAUUGCCACCUAUCAUAAUGACGAGAAAAACUUGUGUGAAAAAGAGAAUAUAAAAUUUUUAAAUAAUUUUUACGAUGACAUAUCUUCACAUCUAAUAGAUUUUAAUACUCAGUCUCUUCUUUCUUUCUUCGGUACAACUAUUAAAACAAUAUUUAUAAAGGAUGUGAUUUUAGAAAGUAUAAAUGGAUUAUUAGAAUCUGAAUUUUCAACACAGCAUGAAAUAGAUAUUAUAGAAUUUUCUAAACAAGUUUCUUUACACUUAGAAGAGCCUAAAUUUGAGACAAUUUCCAUAAAUCAAGAAGGGAUUGAUUUAUUAACAAUAAUUGUUCAUAAUUUGCGAAAAAAAAUUAAUUACAAUUUUAUGUCUGUCAAUUAUAUGAUUUCUCAUAUAGUAUUAUUGAAAUGCAGCAUUGUCAAUGACAUUGGUCGCGUUGGUGAAAAUAGAAGUCGAAAUUUAUUUGUAAACGCUCUGAAUCGUAAUACUGGAUUUGGAUACAAAUUUAUAAAUAUCUUUGACUCAGUGUCUACAUCAUUGAGAACUGAUUUUGAUUUCAAAGAAAAAAUAUUUGUUACACUUGUUGUUGAUUUUCCAGUAAAUAGAAAAACAUAUAUCAAAUUAAAUAACGUGAGUUUUGAAGUAGAACCAAAUUAUUUUUUAUAUGAAAUUAAUAAUCAACUUACAAGAAAGGAUACAAAUAUUUCAUUCUUUGGAUUAUGUAGUUAUGAUAAUGAAAACUGUGCAAAUGAGAAAUAUUUAGAGCAAACGAAACAUUCUAAUGAAUGCUUAAGACAUUGGCGUUAUGUUAAACAACUUGCUCAAAAAGAAAGGGCAAUAAAAUUACUAAAAAAUAAAGUAAUUAUUGAUGGUGAACAUAUUGCAUCGGAGCAAGAAAUACGUAAUAAAUUAAAGCAGUAUAUAUUUCCAGAUAAUGGUAUAUUUUUAUAUUACUUUGUCGUAAAGUGGUUACAUAACAAAAAAUUUGAAGAAUCUGACUGGAGUAAAAGCUGUAUAAUUGACAAUCCUGAUAUUUUGAAUAAAUUGAAGUACAAUUUACUUUUAGAAAAUAAUAAUGUAACACUUCUAGAUGGUGAAAGUAGAAUCAAUUCCAUUUAUACGUACAGAGAGAGACGUAAGAUUGAAGAAGGUGUAUCGAUUGAGAAUAUAAUUAAAGAUUUCAAUAAUCAGAGAGCAGGUUUUUCGGUUACAUUUGAAGAUUAUUAUGCUUUACGAAAUUUUGUCACAUCAGGCUAUAGAAGAAUAACUGGAGAUACACCAGAAGCAAAACGAAUGAAACUUGCUUUAUAUAGAUUAGCUAUAAGACAAUCUGAUGAUUUAAGAGAGGAAUUUCAAUGGACUUUAUUCCGAGUGGAAUCAAAACCCAUUGAUAUUGUUAAUAAAGAAAUUUUUGUGGGAAAUUGUGUUAUUUUUCAAAAAUUUACAUUAACAUCAACAAGUAAAGCAUCUGUAACGAGAUUUGCAGCAAACGGAUUCAGAAAUAUUUUGUAUGAAAUAAAAUUUACUGAUCCUUACUUUAGAGCAAUAAUUGAAACAAAAGUCGAUCAGUUUACGUUUGAUAAUGAAAAAAAAAGUAAUUCUUUUACCUGGUAGUGAAUUUGUCAUUAAGAAAAUAACAAUACAGAGAAUGGAAGAAAUUGGUCCUGUAUUAAAAGUAUUGCUUAAUUUUAAACAUGAUAAUAUUGGAAAGCAUGAACGUUAUAAACAUAUCAUGAGAGAAAUAGCAAAAAUAAAUUUGUGAAUAAUAAUUGUUAUAUGAAAUUAGUUUUUUGUUAUUUACAUGC